AUGUUACUGUUACAAUCCGCGACCGUCGGAAUCAAGUUCCUCUUCGUGCUCUCGCGCGAAAGCGUGUACGCGCGUGGCUUGCGCGUGCUCUCCACGUGGGAGAUGGACUCCGGAGUGCGCUUCGCCAACGUGGCAGUGGUCAACAUGGAGGAUGCGGAAAUCGCGCGUUUCAAUGUUACGCGUCGAUUAAUCCCCUUGGCGGUUCCACACGCGCCGGGCCAUUUAGAGUGGAAUCACUUAUACCCAGAGUGGAUUAACGAGACGCUGCCAAACAGCUGCCCGUAUCUGCCCGAGGCGCGCUGGCAGAGCGGGCGAAAGCAGGCGGACGCGCUAUUGGCUCGAGUGGAAUGUCGCGAGCCGGUAUCCGGAUGGGCGAAAGACGUGGAGUGGCAGCACAUGUUACUGUCGCUGGCGAGUCUCGUCGUUCAGGCCGAUAAGCCGUGGAUGCCGCUCGUCCUCAUCUCCGACUGCCGGCCGCCGUUGAACCUCCUGCCGUGCGAUCGGCUGGUUAAACGGGACGGGCCGGUCUGGCUGUACAACCUGACGGCCAGCGACCUUCGAACCCGACUGCAACCGGCGGGAUCGUGCGGGAUGGCGCAACCGACAUUGACGGCCGAAGAGCCGCCCGCUAUAGGCACAGUGGCAUACGCGACGGUGCUGCACACAGUUGAGAAUUACGUGUGCGGCGCGAUCGUGCUGGGGCACAGCAUUCGGCGCAGCGGCAGCCGGCACGACAUGGUGGCGCUGGUGUCGCGCGAAAUCAGCAACCGCAGCCGCGACGCGCUCGGGGAGGCCGGGUGGAUCGUCAAGGAGAUCGACCGGAUCCGAAACCCGUACGGCAGCAAGGCGUCUUACAACCAAUGGAACUACAGCAAGCUGCGGCUGUGGCAGCUGACAGAGUACUCCUCAGUCAUAUUCGUGGACGCGGAUCUGCUGGUGCUGCGCAAUCUCGAUCAUCUCUUCGCCUUCCCCGACGUGGCGGCGCGAGGCAACGAUAAGACGGACUUCAACUCGGGCCUCAUGCUGCUGCGCCCCUCCGCUUGCACCUUCCGCGAGCUGCUCGCCAACGUGCACACCAUCCGCUCGCCCAACGGGGGUGACCAGGGCUAUCUAAACAACAUCUUCACGUGGUGGCACCGCCUGCCCAACUCGUACAACACCCUCAAGCACAUCUGGGCCUCCGACCCCCAUGACCGAGCGCUCGAGCUGGAAAUGAAGAACCGGUGGUUCUCAGAGGAUCCAGCUGAGAUCCACACCAUCCACUACCUCGGCCGCAAGCCCUGGCAGUGCUACCGCGACUUUGACUGCACGUGGCUGUACCCGUGGGACCACAACUUCGCAAACGAAGCAGCUCAUAAAAGAUGGUGGGCGAUGCAUGACACAAUGUCUGAAUCCCUGCAGCAGAUGUGCUGGCUGAGGAAUGAGGACAAGACGGAGAUGGAGUACAGAAAGAGGGGUCUUGAGGCCAAGAACGCCCCGCCGGGGUUUUGGAACUUCACAGUGACGGAUCCGAGGAAGGAUUAUUGUUUCCCCGGGCAGAAGACGUGCAUCUGGGAGCUGUACCUGGAGCACUGGCAGAGGCGGUAG